AUGGCAAAAGCACAGCAACCCUUAUGGCUUGGAGGCGCGUCUGCUUCGAUGGCAGCUUGUUUCACACACCCUCUUGAUAGGACCAAAUAUUGUAUGCAGGUCUUGUCGUCAAAACAACCCAUGCUGAGGGCCCUUCAGACAUUUGCGGUUCGAGAUGGUAUCCAGUCCCUCUGGUCAGGGCUCUCUGCUUCAAUCCUCCGACAAACAACAUACUCAACUGCACGAUUCGCCUUGUACGAUAUCCUUGCGCGCCAGGUACAGCAAAGGACGGGCGAGAAGAAGCUGACUGCGGGGUACACGAUUAUGUGCGCGGGAGUCGCUGGAGGACUUGCCGGCAUGCUUGGAAAUCCUACCGAAGUUGUCUUGGUACGAAUGUGCGCGGAUGGAGUUAAAAGUCCGUCUCAGCGGUACUUGUAUUCGAAUGCUGUUAGCGGAUUGAUCAGGAUCGGACGAGAGGAAGGAGUUGGCGCAUUUACGAAAGGGCUAGCACCAAAUAUUGUCAGAAGCAUAUUGAUGAAUGUCUCACAGAUCGCGGUUUACACAUCAGCGAAACGUCAGCUACUUACGAAUGAACUGAUACCUAUCUCUGACGGAGUUCCGGUCCAUAUCGCAGCCUCUUUAGUGGCUGGAACAGUUGCGACAACUGUUUGUGCCCCAGCGGAUGUGUUGAAGAGCAGGAUGCAAAGUGCUGCCGCGUCAGCAGAAAGGAAAUCCCCUGGAAUUGUAAGAAUUGUGACAGAAUCGCUAAGAAAUGAAGGGCCCGGGUUUUUGAUGAAAGGAUGGACUCCGGCAUGGUUGAGACUUGCUCCGAAUACAGUCUUAAUGUUCCUGUUUAUGGAACAAUUGCAGCGCUUAGUUGCAGCAAAGACUCUCUGA